AUGAAGAUUGGCCUUGCUUACCAAAUUGCUGACAUCUAUGCUAAUUAUCCCAUCGAUGGUGUUGUUGGACUGGCAUUUUCCAAUCUCUCGCAGUAUGAUAUUGUCUCGCCGUUUGAACUAGCAUGGAAUCUUGGCCUGGUUGCACCUGUAUUCACAGUAUAUAUGAAAGGAGGAACUCAAGAAGACAACGUGGAUGGAGGAGUCGUCACAUAUGGUGGAAUAGACCAGGAACACUGUAGUGAAGAAAUCAUCUAUAAGCAAUUGAUAGGAACUUAUUAUUGGAAGUUUGAAGUACGUUAUUAUGAGGAUCUGGUUUCCCUACAUUCUUCUUAG